GUAGGUGACUCAACCUUCCGACCCAUCCCAAAUCCUUGAGAGCCUCACCAGCAGCUAGAUGCCAUUACUACAAGAAGUGGAAAGACGACGGUUGCAAUUCUCGCUCCUUUUAGGCAGGAUGAACCAAGAUAUGUUUCAGCACUUUUAUCCGAAGAUGAGUAAGUGGAGGUUGAGAAGGAAGCACCUGCUCUCAAACCACAGCUAGUGGUUUAAGGAUCAUGUUCCCCAGCUUCCUUUCCCCACUCGUAUGCACAAGGACAAGCUGGAGAGUGAGUUUUCUAAGUUCAUGACAAUAUUUAAGCAGAUCAACAUCAGCAUACCAUUCGUGGAGACACUGUCGAAGAUGCCCAAGUACGCAAAAUUCAUGAAGGAUCUCCUCGCCAAUAGGAAGAAACUUGGGGAUCUAUCGAUAGUGAUGCUGAGAGAGGAGUAUUCUGCCAUCAUGGAGAACAAACUGCCUGAGAAGCAAAAAGACCCUAGGACUUUUAAUAUCCCUCUUGUUAUGGGCAACAUGCAUGUAGGAAAGUCCUUGGCGGACAUAGCCUCUAGCAUUAAUGUCAUGCCCUAUAAAUUGUUUAAGAAUCUAGACCUAGGUGAACCCAGAACCACUAGGAUGAGUAUUCAUUUAGCUGAACGUUUGAUUGUGCAUCCUAGGGGUAUCAUUGAGGACUUGCUUGUUAACGUGGGAGCAUUCACAUAUCUUGUUGAUUUUUUUAUCUUGGACAUAAAUGAAGAUGUGGAUGUGCCUUUGAUUUUGGGUAGAUCAUUUCCCGCCACCGCCAAGGCAUUGUUUGAUGUGCAUAGUGGCAAGUUAAUUUGGAGGACUGAUGAUGAACAAGCUACAUUUUAUGUGUCUAACAAUGCGAAUUCCCACAUGCAUGAUGACUUGGUUACUGUGACAUUAUUGCUGAUUUUGAAACGGCUGACGCCAUCACGAGUGCGGGUGCUGAUGAUGCCCUUGAGCGCUGUAUUUUGCUAGGUGGCCAGGCAUCGCAGGAGCUGCAGCUGGAGAAGCAGUUGGAAGCGCUAGAUCGUGGCGAGUUCUUGUAGUUUGAGAAUUCGUUCAAGUCGAUCUCAUCCUCAACCAAUAUCACCACCUCUUUAGAAGAGCCACCAGAACUAAAGUUAAAGCCUCUCCCUCCUCACUUGGACUAAAGCUAAAGCCUCUCCUUCCUCACUGGGAGGUGAACAAGCUCCUAGUUAUCAUUAGCUUGACCCUCACACCUUAGAAGAAGACUAGACUGGUGGCUUUGCUUAAGUAGUAUGAGCGAGCUCUGGCCUGGAAGAUCACCGAUAUCCGAGGGAGCAGCCCCAAUUUCUAUUGCCACCGGAUCCUGAUGCAUGAUGAGAUUCGGCCGGUGAGAAAUCCCUAGAGGAGAUUGACACCGAAUAUGGAGGUCGUGGGAAGUAACUCGCACGAAACUACACCACAAUAUAAUUCCGACUAGAGUCCAAGUUUUUAAACUCUAAUGGGGUGCAGUAUAGAGCAAGUAUUUAAAUAUCAACCCGGGUCGGUCCGUCUACCCCUACUUCAAUCAUUUUAAUCAGUAUCUAGCAACAAAGUUUUGGUUUAAAAGUUUGCUAAUUAUAAUAAAAUAGGGCAAAGGUA